GCAGAUAAAAAAAAAAAAAAAAACAAGAAAGAAGAAAAAACAGGGGAGAGAAAGCGGGGACCGCCUCUAGGGUUUGGGAUACACUGAAAUUGUCAUCACUUUUAAUCUUGAUUAUUCGUUGACUAGCAAAUCUACAACCAGAUGGCAGGAGCUGGCAUCCACCCCUACCACCAGCAGUGGCCCCCAGCCGCCGCCGCCCCUCCCCCUGCAGCCGCCGCCGCCACAGCUCCUCCUCCUGCCCACCCUUCCUCCAUCCUCGUCGACAACACAGAUGAGGUCCGUACGAUUUUCAUAACGGGGCUUCCCGAGGACGUGAAAGAGAGAGAGCUACAGAAUCUGCUGAGAUGGCUCCCGGGAUACGAGGCUUCGCAAGUGAACUUCAAAGUCGAGAAGCCCAUGGGUUUCGCUCUCUUCUCUACUGCUCAGCUUGCCGUUGCCGCCAAAGAUGCCCUUCAGGACAUGGUUUUUGAUGCCGAGUCAAAGUCGGUGUUGCACACAGAAAUGGCGAAGAAAAACCUUUUUGUCAAAAGAGGAAUAAUAGCGGAUUCAAGCCCCUAUGAUCAAAGUAAACGCUUGCGCACUGGCGGUGACUAUACACACACUGGUUAUACAAGUCCAUCUCCUUUCCAUCCUCCUCCAGCACAUGUUUGGGGACCACAUGGGUAUAUGGCUCCACCUCCUCCUCCUCCAUAUGAUCCAUAUGCAGGCUACCCUGUUCCUCCAGUACCAAUGCCUGCUCCUGCUCCUGUGCCAGCACCUAGCAGUUAUGUACCCGUUCAGAAUGCAAAAGAUAACCCUCCUUGCAAUACCCUAUUCAUUGGUAAUUUGGGAGAGAACAUAAAUGAGGACGAACUGAGGGGCCUUUUUAGCUCACAACCUGGUUUUAAGCAAAUGAAGAUCUUGCGACAGGAACGGCACAUUGUUUGCUUUAUUGAGUUUGAAGAUGUAAAUAGUGCCACCAACGUACACCAUAGUUUGCAGGGUGCUGUUAUCCCCAGUUCUGGUUCAGUUGGCAUGCGGAUACAAUAUUCAAAGAACCCAUUUGGGAAAAGGAAGGAUGCCAGCCAUCAUGUUGCUGCCCCUGGCACUAAUGGAGCUCUACCAGCUUUGACUUACCAGUAGCUUGAUGGGGAUGUUCUCUAUCUUUAUGCUCCGACAAAUACAACUACUACAUGAUAGGAUGCAUCUUGCAGCUGUUGUAUGCAUCCAUUUCAUUUCAAGUCAUCAACAUUAGCAUGUCUCAUGUGAAUGAACGCACGUAGUGGCAUCAUGAACAUACCAUUUGGCCAUGUUACAACUUAUCCGAGGCAUGCAUUUCUCAGCAGCAUGUUUAAAUGCCUGGAUUACGUAAUAGGGCUCAGAGAUUGUUACCAGUUGUAGUAGUGGUGCACUAAAUCUGUGGUUUUGUGGGGUUUGUGUGCUGUUCCAUCUCAUAUUGACUUUUCUGUACAUCAACUAUAGGAAUGCUUAUGCAAAUAGACAUCUGGGUGUGUUAUCUA